ACUCCUGCUGUCCGGAGGUGAGUGUGUGGUUCAGCUGCUGAGGACGUUCUGAAGAACAUGCUGGACAAAGCGCCCAGGGAGAACAUUCAUGUGGCCCUCAUCUGAGAAAAUCCCACAGAACCUUGGAGAAGUGAACAUGAAGGAUUAUUUGUUGUGGAUUACAAGAGAACACGGUUCUGGUAUUCAAUUGGAUUAAGCGAGCGGGAGGUGGAUUACCCAACGUGCCUGCAGAUCACCAUGGAGACGCCAGAAUAGAAAUGCAACAGGUAGUUCCCUGACACAUCUCAUACAGACCUGUUGGAAUUGGGUGGGAUUGGCGGGUCUGAAUGGAAGGCAGAAGAAGAAGUUGAGGGCCAAAGUGGUGUCGCUGCCACCAUCUUGCCGACUUUGAGCAACUGGAUUAAAAGGAAUACGAUGGCGUGCGUCCUGCUGUGAUUGACAGCUAUCAUGUGUUGAUUGACCAGAGACAUGGACAGCCAUUGGUGGGAUCAUGGUGAACCCGCCCCGAUGUCCACGCAGUGGCGUCCGUCCCGGGAUGGAGAGCGCCUCAUUGGGCGGAUUCUGCUCAACAAGAUGACCAAAGACAGUUCGAUUCCCACUGACACCGGAGCACUGCUCGGACUGAAGGUGGUCGGCGGGAAGAUGACCGAGUCGGGUCGUCUCUGUGCGUUCAUCACCAAAGUGAAAAGAGGAAGUCUGGCAGACACUGUGGGACACCUGAGGGCAGGCGACCAGGUUCUUGAGUGGAACGGCCAUGUUCUCCAAGGCGCCACCUUCAACCAAGUUUACAACAUCAUCCUGGAGUCCAAAUCAGAACCACAGGUGGAGCUGUUGGUGUCCCGACCAGCCAGACCUGCAGGCUCCGCCCACAUCCAGCCUGUCUCCAGUGACACUUUGCAUUCAAGUUCAACUUCCUUUGAAUGUCCUACUGAAACCAAGCGUCUUCUGGUUCCCAGACUUCAGGUGAAGCUGUGGUACGAUAAAGUUGGCCAUCAGCUGAUCGUUACCGUCCUUGGAGCUAAAGAACUUCCUGUUCGAGCAGACGAGCGGCCCAGGAACCUUUAUGUCAAAAUCUACUUCCUACCUGACAGAAGUGAUCAGAGUAAGCGCAGGACGAAAACAGUGAAGAAGUUGACAGAACCUCGGUGGAAUCAGACCUUCGUGUACUCUACGGUCCACCAACGGGAGAUCUCAGAACGGAUGUUGGAGCUGACCGUCUGGGAUCAAGCGAGAGGUCAUGAGGAGGACAGUCAGUUCCUUGGAGAGGUCCUGAUCGGACUGGAGACCGCCCUCCUGGAUGAUCAGCCCCACUGGUACAAGCUUCAGAGACCUGGCAGUGCCGCUCUGCCACGAGCCAACUCCUCCCCCUACCUGCAGAGGAGAGUACAGCAGCAUGAACCACCUGCCAGGAGACUCCACUGUUCUCAGAGGUUCAGCGAUGGAGACUUUUCUGAUUACGACUGUGAGGAUGGUAUGAUGGUGAUAUCAGAGUCCUGGCAGAAGGUCCGAAACCUCCAUAGCUCCACCCACUCUCUGUGUGAGCACGUGCCAUUGAAUCAUGGCUCACAAUCCGAUCUGGUCCUGAUGAGGUCCCAGUCGCCAAGCCAGCUGGCUCCUCAUAGUGCCAACACUCUUUACCCUUUAAACCGCAAGGACGCUGUGCGGCUGCUGCGAGGCACCAAGCUCAGCCGAGCUUAUUCUGACGUUGGCCAGUACAACAGCCUGGACAGGAGGUCACUGAGGAGAAAGUCUGGGGCCAACUCUGUUGAUUCUCAUGACAGUUACUCUGGAAGAUUGUGCAAUACGUCCUGGCCGGGUCACAUGACAAAUGGAAUCGUAGAGGACUACAGCCAGGACUUCAUCCCAAACUUUCCCUCCGAAGCAGAACCCUUCGAUGAGGAGUUGCUCAGGGUUAGCCCACAGGACGGAUCUGUCCACAUGAGUCCAAUCGGAAGCCCCUUGUGCAGUCGGCGAGGGCGCCAGUUGCCUAGCGUCCCACCCAAGGGUGCCCCCGAUACAAUUUGGGCCACGUCCACCAAAGUAGUCCCAAAUGGAGGCAGAGCUCCUCUUACUCAACUUUCCCCUCCCCCCUCACAAAAACAGGCCCACCCCCAUGUCAACAACGUAGCUGCUCCACUUAUAAGAAUACAAGCUCCUCCCCCAGCACCUGCCCAGCCCCGCCUAGGUCCACCUGAGGCAGAACCACCUUUGGCCAACAGCUCGACCAACCACAUGCCACAAUUUCAUCAAGACCCACCCUUGCCCCCCUCACCUAGCCCAGCUCCCCCUCCAACCGCUCCUCCCCUUCCAUCUCCACCAGCUUCUGAUCAAGUUCUGCCAGCCCCCAGCUGCUCUCCAGCCCCACUCCCAUCUCCACCAGCUUCUGAUCAAGCUCUGCCGGCCCCCAGCAUUUCCCCAGCCCCACUCCCAUCGCCACCAGCUUCUGAUCAAGCUCUGCCGGCCCCCAGCAUUUCCCCAGCCCCGCCCCCACAAACUCCAGAGGCGGACAGACGCUCAGCAACACCUGGUGGUACCAGGAAAGAGGUCACAUGGGAGGACCAGCAGAAGAAAACAGCGAAUGGUGUGAUGAAAGAUCCGGAGAAGUGUCCACAGACCAGCCUCUCGGUAAAGUCCUCCCUCAGUGACAUCAGUGAUAUGUCAGCUGAGUCCAACCUCCUUGGCAGCCAAUCAGGUCAAAGCCUCAGUCAUGCAGAAGAUCUGGAGGGCCCAUCAGUGGACUUGGGGCAGGGAUUAGGAGAAGUGACCACGCUGCUGAAAAGUGACUCCGUGGAUGAAGGAGAGGAGGAGGAGUCUGAGACGGCAAAGCCGUCAGCUGCUCCUGCCGCCAAGUCUUCCAGUGUGGGCGGAGACAUUUGUUCACUGGGGCGCAACGAUGACGAUGAUGAUGACAAGAAACGGCGCUCCAGUUUAGGCGCUCGGAUGAUGGGAAUGGUUGGACUGGGAAAGAAGAGCCAGAGCGCCUCGCAGCUCAAUCCAGAGGAGGAAGAGAAGAAGAAAAAAGUAGUGAGACUUCCUGUUCAGAGGAGCAUGGAAACCGGAUUGGCAAUCGAGUUUAAGUCUCGCUUCACUCGACAGCCGAGCCGUGACCCAGAUGCAGAUGACCCAAAGCCUGGCGCGUUGAUCUUUCCAGGAGUCAAGUUGGCUACUGACAAACACUUUACCGGCUUCCUGGAAGGGCUAGGACCUGCGCAGUUGGCCGGGAGGCAGACUUUGGCCACCCCAGCCAUGGGAGAUAUCCAGAUUGGCAUGGUCUACAGGAAAGAGCGCCUGGAUGUGGAGGUGAUCCGAGCCAGGGGGCUUGUGGGUAAACAAGGCAACAAGAACACGCCAGCUGCAUACGUGAAGGUCUACCUGAUGGAUAACGGCAAAUGUUUGCUGAAGCGAAGAACUCGCCUGGCCAGAAAGACACUGGAACCGCUUUAUCAACAGCAGCUGCAAUUUGAAGAAAACCCAGAGGGCAAAGUUUUACAGAUCAUCGUUUGGGGUGACUAUGGAAGGAUGGACCAUAAAUCCUUCAUGGGUGCCGCUCAGGUUCUACUGGAUGACCUGGACCUCUCCAACAUGGUGAUUGGCUGGUUUAAACUGUUUCCUGCCACCUCACUGGUGGACCCUGCUUUGGCUCCGCUGACCAACAAAGACACAGAGGGCGGGGCACAGUAGGAACAUCUGGUAAAAGUACCACCUACGAUCCUCCCCCGAUCUUCUGGUACUCAUCUGCGAUGGCUGUUUCUGGACCAGUCCAUUUAUACCAGACAUUACAGUGCUAGCAAGUCACCAAGUGCAUCCCUCGCCAAAAUGGGCAGAGCAAGAACUCAGGAAGAACUUGGUCCAUCAGGACACCAAUCCAUGCUUCUAACGGGAGGUUCUGCUUCUGUAUGUGGACAAAAUGUGGAGGGUAAAAAAGGCACAUUCAGUUGACAAAUGAAAAUAUAAGGUCGGUGGCUUUUAUCACAACCCCACUCUAGUGACUGUAAACCCAAAUAAAGUCUAAAAACUGAAUCCAUGAGCCUUUAGAUCCUUCCCAGUGCUUUUGUCGUAUUCCGAAAUAAAUGAAGCCAAUGAACUUACGUUUGAAACU